UGCCAGUGCAGUUUGAAGAUGUUCCGAUGCCCAUGGAAGUGAUCGACGAUGCUGCUCCGCUUAGCGAAAGCGAGGAGGAAGGUACGACCGACGCAAGCAGCGGCGAGGAUACAGACGUGGAGGAUAUCCAGGUCGAGGUGGAAAUGCCAGACCAUCCGUACGGAGAUCUUUCGUGCGAGGAUGGCUUGAGGAUGUGGGCCCUGCAAACUGGACAAACUCAUCGCAGUUUGAACCUUUUGCUGGGCCAUUUGCGACAUCACUUCCCCCAGACCAAAUUGCCCCGAGAUGCACGGACGUUGAUGAACACGCAUGUGUCCGGAGCACCGGAGACAACCCUUACACCAAUCGCAGGUGGGCAGCUGUGGUACCAGGGUGUGGAAAAAUGACUGCUUUCAUAUUGUCGGUAAGCAUGUUUUAAAUCUCAUUUAACUCACAGUGCUCCUGGUCAUGUGCUCAUCUUUUUUUUCUAUUCCAGCGAUUGUCAGCCUACC